CAGGUGAAGACCACUUGUUAUAUUUCUAAACACAACUUGGAAGCAUUUCGCUUAAUGCGAAUCCAUAUGUUAAUUCGCCUCGAUUUCGCCCGGGCGUCUUUGUAAAUAUUUUUAUUUUGUCAGGAUAAUAAAGAUUAAUUAACCCUAAGCUCAGUGCUAAUAAACAAAAGGGAUAUGAGUAAUAUUUACAUCCAAGAACCACCCACUUCAGGAAAGGUGCUGCUAAAGACUACUGUGGGUGACAUAGAUAUAGAGCUAUGGUCUCGUGAAUGUCCCAAAGCUUGUCGCAACUUUAUACAGCUCUGUAUGGAAGGCUACUAUAAUGGCACAAUCUUUCAUAGAGUCGUUAAAGGUUUCAUCGUGCAAGGUGGCGAUCCAAACGGUGACGGUACUGGUGGAGAAUCUAUCUACGGGCAUACAUUUAAAGAUGAAUUCCAUUCUCGCUUACGCUAUGCCCGACGAGGUUUGGUCGGUAUGGCGAACGCCGACAAGGAUGAUAAUGGUUCGCAAUUUUUCUUCACCAUGGCCGCUACACCGGAGCUGCAAAAUAAAAACACACUAUUCGGCAAAGUGACCGGCGACACUGUAUACAACAUGCUGAAGUUAGAAGAAGGUUUAGUGGAUCACAAUGAACGCCCUAUGUAUCCGCAGAAAAUUUUGCGUGCGGAAAUAUUAAAUAAUCCAUUUAAUGAUAUACUUCCUCGCAAAUUGGCGAAAGAGGAUAAAAAGGAAAAGACAAAAAAGCGCGAGAAGGGUGUCAAGAACUUUGGGCUACUCUCAUUUGGUGAGGAGGCUGAGGAAGAUGAAGAAGAAACCAAACAGUUUGUGCAGAAAAAUUCUGGUAAAGCAAAAUCAUUGCAUGACGUUGAAGAUGAUCCUAAACUGAGCAAGGACGUCUUGCACAUCGAAAAUACAAAUAUAAGUUCCGAAGAUGAAGAAGCAUUAGAAGAAGAGCGUCAAUUAGUACGUAUUAAAAAAGAGCCGUUGGAUGAUGACGAUGUAGAAGAGCGUAAGCAGCGCAUAAAAGAUAAAUUACAACCAAAAUUGAAUGAAGCUAAAAAAGUACCUAAAAUUGAGUCCACGCAUAUAAAACAUGAAAUAUCGGACUCUGAUGAGGAUGUACUAUUGACACAAGAACAGGAGCGUAAAAUUAAAAGCGAAAAGAAAAAAAAUGAAAUCCAACAAGAAAUAAUCAACCUCAAAAAGGAAUAUCAAAAAGAAAAGCGAGAACGUGAAAAAAUAAGUGAGAAAAAACCCGAGCACAGUAGUGUUAUUGAGUUACGUGCCAAUGCGGAUGACAACGAAUUCAUAAAGAAUUUUAUCGAGGAAAAAGAAAAAUAUAGCGGUUUAAAGUCGAAAAUUCCCAAAAAAGGUGCUAGUCGAGAGGAUUUCACUUUAAGUUUGCUUUCGAAAUUCCGCAAUAAAUUGGAGACGCUAAAACAAAAGCAGUCUGAGUCGAAAGAUAGCAACGAGUCUCUGGACGAUAGCGUUGUGGAGAAAGAGAUACACGGAGAUGAUUGGUUGGCGCAUACAUUGAAAUUUGAGGAAACGGUAGCCGUAUUAGCCAAAGAUGCAUCAACAAAGGGUGAUGAUUGGUAUGAUGCAUACGAUCCUAGAAAUCCAAUAAAUAAACGAAAAAGGGGAGAGGGUAGCCAAAGUGAAAAAAGCUUCAAACAACGAAAAUAAAUUCUUAUACGACCCAAUCAUUGUUAGGCCUAAUUUAUAUGGAUUUAUAUGGAUGUGCAGCAUAGUGGUUGCGGCUUUUUUCUUUUUUUUUUUUUAUUUGUAGGGUAUCU